AUGGAUAAAGGCAAGCAAAAAGCACAAAUACUGGAAAUUGAUGAAUCAGGUGACCACGAUGAAGACGACGCCGAUGAAUUGUUUGAUGAACUUGAUAUUGUAAAAAAAAAAAAGGAUACAAAAAUAGUUGAAAUUGAAAGCCCGGCUGUAUGUUUGGUGGUGAUGGAAGAAAUUCCAACCAAUAAGAAAGUACUCGCCGAUGAAAAACCAACAAUAGAAGAACAAUUAAAUAAGAUCAUUGAUGAUACAAAUAUUGAAGAAAAAUAUAAAGAGAGCGUAAAAGAGUUAUUUAAAAACAAUAAGAACUUAUUUGCAAAUAGACUAGAAGAACUUGGACGAACAAACCUCGUUAAACACGUGAUCAAGACCCAAGAUGCCGAACCCAUCAAGCAACCGCCGUAUCGAUUGGCCCCAAAUGAACAAGACUUUGUGCAUAAAGAGUUGGAGAAGCUAAAAGAAAAAGGCUUAAUUAAGGAAUCGUUCAGCCACAUAGUUGGCAAAGAUGGAAUUCAACCAGACAAGGCUAAAGUAGACAAA